AUGGGCAUCUUUCGCGACGAUGUCUCCAAACACAACCACACAUGUCCAACGCCACAAUUCAGCGACAUUGAGCAAGUGUCUGUCGCUGGUAACCUCACAUUUCAUCAACUGAUAGUGAUCAUAUCGGGAGCGUCACUUGCAUUCUCCUGUGUAGUGUCGUUCACCUUGAUCUUCAGGCAUGCGACGCAUUACUCAAUUCCAAAAGAACAAAAGCAAAUUAUUCGAAUUGUCUUCAUGAUACCAGUUUUCGCCCUAUGCUCUUUCUUGUCAGUGGUUGCCAAUGAUGCAGCACUGUACGUCAAACCAAUCGAUGAUUUAUACGAAGCUUUCGCCUUGGCAACUUUCUUCCUCUUGCUUUGCGCAUUUGUUGAAGAGAAUGAUGUCGAACGGCAAGCAUUCUUCACAGCAUCUGGUACCAUGAAACAAUAUACGGCUGCCACAUUUGGGGCUUUUCAAUUUCCUCUCUUGAUGCUUAUUCUCCUCGUUGUCACUGAGAUUACCGAGGCUGCUGGAUUAUACUGUGCCACAUCCAACAAGCCGUAUUUUGCACACAUCUAG